AUGUAUCUUAAGGUAAUAAUUGUGUCCUUUGUGGUGCUGCUCCUGGGCGCACUCAUUGGAUUUCUGGCGUUUCCCAUGUUGUUCAAGGAGCUGGUUAAGAGGAGUGUUAACCUAAAGCCUGGCAGUGAAACGCGUCAGCUAUGGGAGAAAAUGCCAUUUCCUCUAACAUUCAAGAUCUACGUAUUCAACGUAACCAAUGCGCAGGAUAUAGAAAUGGGCGGCAAGCCGAAGCUACAGGAAGUGGGCCCAUUUGUAUACGACGAGUGGAAGGACAAGUAUGAGCUAAUUGAUAUAGAAUCGGAGAAUGCGAUUAGCUUUAAAAUGCGCAACACAUUUCAAACGCGCGCCGAUUUGGGUCUAAGCGGCGAGGAGCUCAUAACUAUGCCGCAUCCCCUGCUGCAGUUCAUGGCCAUUGCGACCUUGGGCCAGCCAGCCGAGACGCAGGCAGCUGUGGCCUUGGGCCUGGACAUAAUUUUCAAGCCGCAAAGCGCCUUUAUUACAGCCAAGUUCAAGGAUCUUUUCUACGAUGGCAUCGAUGUCAACUGCGACCAGGAGCAUGCGGCUGCACUGGCCAUUUGCCAGCAGUUCCAAGCGGGCGCAGUGCCGGGCGCGCUGCCAGUGAAUGCCACCCACUACAAGUUCUCCCUGAUGGGCGCGGCAAGUCAACUGGGCGUGGCCAGAGGCAAUCACACAAAUGCCGGACGCUUCAAGGUCUCACGCAGCAGAUCGAAGAAGUCGUCCGUGGGACGUGUGCUCGCCUUCAAUGAGGCGAAGCAGCUGCAGAUCUGGUCGGAGCUGAACAAUACCAGCUGCAAUCGCUUGCGCGGCACAGAUGGUACCAUCUUUGCGCCUCUUAUGCGACCCGAGCAGGGUCUGUGGAGCUACUCGCCGCAGUUGUGCCGCUCCCUGACCCCCAAGUGGAUCGGCAGGACAAAAUACAACAAACUGCCCGCUCAGCGCUAUGAGCUCAACUUUGGCUCCGCACGCGUAGUAACAGCAUAUAUACAAAUAUUUUUCCAGACGGAACCGGAUUUGCACUGCUACUGCACGGACUUUCCCGGCGAUUGUCCGGCUGAUGGCACCAUGGAUCUGGUACGCUGCAGCGGUACACCCUUAAUGGCCUCCUUGCCGUACUUUUACCAAGCGGACCAAAAGUUAUUGGCUGAAGUUGAAGGACUGCAGCCAACAGCUGCUAAACAUGCCAGCAUAUUGAUCUUCGAGCAGUUUUCCGGCACAGUGCUCUCCGUGCAUAAUCGCCUGCAGUUCAGCUUGAAAGUGGCGCCUGUGAAGGAUGUGCCAUUGAUGUCGCAGCUGCGCCCUUUGGCUAUGCCGCUCUUUUGGAUUGAGGAGUCGCUGCAGCUGGACGAAACAAUCACACAGCUGCUGCACAAAAAGAUAUUUGCCGUAUUAAAUGCCAAUAAUUGGUUUAGAUGGCUGUCCAUUGGACUGGGAAGCUUCGGUUGUAUACUCGGAGCACUGUUUUUGCAUUUAACUCGCAGCGAUGCGAAGCGCGUGGGCGUCGUUGAAGAGGAAUGA